ACAUGGCCGUCGCUGAGGGCGUACCACUGUUAAUGAGGCUUGUUUCUGCCUCUGUAUCAGUCUCCUACCGUGCCGCAAAGAUAGCAAGAGACGUUCUCAUUUCGGGUGAUCUUGGAAUAGUCGAAAAGAGUGGCAAAAAUGAUCUCCAGACUCAGGCUGACAGGUCAGUCCAGCGAUGCAUUGUGGCUUCUCUCCACAAACAGUUCCCUAAUAUCCCCAUAUUUGGCGAAGAGGAGCUUGCCCCAACGACAAAGAUUCCAGAUGAAUUUAUUGAGCUAAAGUUGGAUGAGGAAGUUCUGAGACACAAGUGUCCAGAUAAUUUGAAAGACAUAAAAAAUGAGGAGAUUGUUAUUUGGGUAGACCCCUUGGAUGGAACCAAAGAGUUCACAGAAGGUUUCCUGGACCAUGUGACAGUGUUGAUAGGGAUCGCAGUGAGAGGAGUUGCAACAGCAGGCAUUAUCAACCAACCUUUCUGUAACUACGAGGCAAAACCAAAAUAUGGGGAAUCCAGAUGCAUCUGGGGCGUGCUGGGGCUUGGGUCCUUUGGGUUUGAGCGCAAUACUCACCUGGAGGGAAACAUCAUAACAACGACACGAUCUCACUCUGAUUACACCAUCACGAAGACAGUGCAGGCUUGUGAGCCCACAGAGGUUCUGCGAGUGGGUGGAGCUGGCCAUAAGGUGUUGCUGCUGAUUGAGAAGAAAGCCCAUGCUUAUGUGUUUGCAAGUAUCGGGUGUAAGAAGUGGGACACUUGCGCUCCAGAGGCCAUUCUGCACUCACUGGGUGGCAAUUUGACUGAUAUACACGGAAAACCCAUUCCCUACCAUGCAAACGUCGUCCACAAAAAUACGGGUGGCGUUCUUGCCACCGUUGAGAACCAUGAUUGGUAUGUGAAUCAAAUCAGAGACAAGGUCGAUGCAGAGACUCUGUCAAAGUUUGAGACUGUCAAGUUAGCACCUCCUACCUUGGAAUCUCAGCUGUCACAGAAGACCUUGAAUAUUGGCAGCAAUGCUAGCAAUGCCACCCCUGCCGGAGAUUCAACUAACGGCAAGGCUAGUGGUAGCGCUUCCUCUGAAGAAUUGAGAAUGUCCCGCAAACGCCCCUUUGAGGAUUCCGACUCCAAGCUUUAAAAUCUAAGUGGUGUUUGGUUUUUGAUUUUUUUAACUUUCCAUGAUGUCCUUCACUUACUUAUAUUUUCUUUUAUUCCUAUACUAACACUCUCUAGAUUUUUCAUGUAAGUGCUAAUGUCUCCAUGCAUGAGACCCAUCCUGACUAACAUUUCUUUGCGAACCCUUUGGGGAAAAUUGUUUAAAAAUGUUACCUUAAGUAUUUAAUUGUGCAUGUGCAUAAACUACUGGUAUCUUCACCCUCCUUGUAUGUUACCUCAUACACUUAAAAAACAUAUCUUUUUAUCUUAUCUAAUUCUAUUCGUCAUUGGUGGUCUGUGACCAGUAACUAUAACUAAAUAGCUCUGUGAACAAUACAAUAACAACUGUAUAGAGUUCUUGUGGAAGGUGUGCUCUAUUUAAAACAAUUACUUCUGUAUAGAGUUUUUGUGUAAGAUUUUAUCAUUUCUUUGCUCUAUACAAAACAAUAACUACUGUAUAGAGUUCUUAUGUACGAUGUGAUCAUUUCCUUGCUCUAUACAGAACAAUAACUACUGUAUAGAAGUCUCUUUGUUCUGCAAGUUACUAUGUUAUUUUGUUACCAUGCUAUUUUUUGUAAUAUGUCUAGUGCGCUUUAAGAUUUCGCAUAUUUUUUGUAAUUUCAUUAAAAUAGCUGUUGUAUACAUACAUGUCUAGGUUUUGUUAUUUCGAUUGAUAAAUAUAUUGCAUUUUCUUACCGUACAUUAUGUAUCAACAUAACCAAAGUCUCUAAUAGCUUAAUAAAAUUAAACUUUG